CUCGGCAGCCCCUGGCAAGGCGCGGCUCCGUUGCUGCAUGCAUGAUGCUGCAGCGCAGCCACAGGGCAGGACAAAGGAGCAUCCCGCCGCGACGCCACCUUCGGCACCGGGCCGCGGCUCGCGUGUUGAGCGACGUUCCAGCGAGCACAGGGGGCGUGGCGCUCGAGGUGGCGAGAGCGAUCCGUCGGCAUCUCCAGAUGCCUCGCGCACACACGCUUGGCUGUCAUGGCUGUCAUGGUACCCAGGCUAGCGAAGCAGACGAUGAUGAGGCAGCGACGUGCGGACAGCGGCAGCCAGUGGCGGUGCACAUCAUAUCUCAUGCCUCUUCCGCCUGCGACUUCUUCCCGGCCUGGGGUUCAGGCACGAGGCGACGCUCGGACCGCCGGCAUGACGCUCCUUCCUGCCAGGAGAGCUCGGAUGCGCAAGUCGGCGCUCGAGCCGCCUGCUCAUGCCAGCCCAAGAGCUCCUGCGUGUCGGCCACACGUUCCCUUGCGCUCAUGGGGGCGGCCUCAGCGUCGAGCCGUGGGGCUCUGUGCGCUCGGAUGCGGCGACUUGCGCUGGAGUCGGGGCGCCACGGUCCCCCUCGACGCCACCCAUGCUCCCGAUGCUCGCGCACGGCUCGCCUCUAAUUCACAGCGAGCGACGGAGCGGCGUCGCGUAGGGUUGAAGCGGCUGCCGUGAGACCUCGGCCUCAGUUCAUGCAGCCGGUAUGCUCGCCAUCGG